AGUAAUAGUUGUUAUGGUUCUGUUGGAAAGAUAAAUACACUGAUACAGACACCCGGCAAGAGAGCGGUGGAAAGACGGAUAAGUACAGCUACUGCACAUUUAUAUAGAGUGCGGGAGAAGCGCUCUGACUGACUCCCGCGCUCCCACUCUCUGCCUGUUGUCCUCAGUGUGAAGCUAGCCCUCACAGCGUAAAUAAAUACAAAUAUGACUGAAAAGGACAACAGAAAGCAUUGACCUUACCAAGUGAUCAAAAUUUGAAAAGGUCAUAAGAAGAAGCAGAAAUGGAUACAGAAGCCAAUGUAGAUGAUCUGAAGUCUUUACCCAGCUUUUCUUGGCUGGUGAGGCCUUGUGAACAUUAUAAGGAGGAGUAUAGUGACUGCACAAGCAUUAAGGCUAAAUUUCACCAGUACUUCAUUCAUGGUGAAACCCGGGACUGCUCACAGUGGAAAGUGGACUACAACCAGUGCCUCAAAUUCAGAGAUCAGAAAGAUAUGGCAGCCUUGUCAUCUGUGAUUGAGAGUGAAAAAGAGCGGCGCCAGGAACGUCUAAGGGGUCAUUACAAUAAUGAUGUGUGGGAGCGUAGGGAAGCUCCUCCUGAAGAUUGGAAUAAGCCUCUGCCUGAGUAUCUCCAGAAAGACAAUCAGACUUCAUACCUAGCACUAAAACUCCAAGAAGCCAAGGAAGGAAAAGAAGAUUCUCCAUCUUUAUGUACAAUUUCAUAAGUUAUAUAUAUAUAUAUAUAUAUAUAUAUAUAUAUAUAUAUAUAUAUAUAUAUAUAUAUAUAUAUAUAUAUACAUAUAUAUACAGUGGAGACUCAAUACUCGAAUGUCUAAAUACUCAAACUUUUCAAUACGCGAAAGCAAAAGUUUUAUUAGUACUAAAAAAAAAAAAAACUUGAUAUUGGAACUUCCACACAUGUGGUUGUAAACCUAGCCAGUUGUGACUUGUGCUGCCACAGUCAUCAGAAUAACAUUCAUCUGCAUUCUAUCUGUAGUUUUUCAUUUAUAAACUUACAUUAACACCAAAGGCUUAUUAGUGGUGAAAGUAUCUGGUAAUGAAACGGCUGCACAUUUGGUCUUAUACAAAGCUCUGUCAUCUCCCUUCUUGCAGCUGCCACUGU